AUGUUCAAGGUCUUGGGCCAGACCCUCCAGCAAAGGGCAUGCAUCGCCCGUGACCCAAUACUCCUUGGGUAUGGCUUUCUGAGCACUUGCUGCAGGCUGUUCGCAUGGCGGCCCGGCGGAGCUGCGAGGUGGGGUCAGCCGGACACACAGAAAGCCAGAGAUGCGGCGCCUGCUUUAGCUGGACGUGAACUUACCCCAGCCUUCAGCCAUACAGCAUGCAAAUCCAAAUGGAUCAGCAGCAAAGCUCCUGUUGGGAAGACGUGCCUACCACAAACAACUGCCGCGAAGGCGCCGAGUGAGGUUGAGGAAUGGCCUCUUGUGAAAUCAAAAUAUGUUGUAAGUGGAGGAAGCUUUGGGAAUGCUCGUCCUCUUUCGGACAUUUGCUCCGCAUUCCCCACGGGGUUCCCCCACGAAGCUUCUGUCCAUGUGAGUUGCUGUGGUCCUGGCUGGAUGCGGCCGGUUUGGGAUCCCAGGGCCUUUUGCGGCUGGGGCAGAAGACCCAUGUCCGAGUCUAGCAAGACGCAGCAAGCCGUCGUCUCCAACAAAUUGAACACGGGCGCUGGCAAUGAAGGAGCGAUGCUGGAAGGCGCAGUGACUUUGCUCGACAAUGCCGAAGCUUUGACAACCGAGUUCACAGAUGCACACCUUGAAGUAACUUUGGACACAGGUCACUUUGCUAGCAAGUGUCCGCUGAACAGAGUGAAUGCUGUUGAGGGAGAAGAGAGUGAACUUUACGGUCUCCAGGAAGAAGAGUCUUACUUUGGUGAGGCCCCUUGGGACGACUGGUCUGAGUGGACAGUCGGAGCACUUUUCGAUGAGAGUUGGGAGUCAUGGGAUGACUCACUUUGGGAUUCCUCGUGGGAUUCCUGGGACUGGUAUUCGUAUCAGGACUUUGCAGGUUGGAAUGAGUGGUGGCCUGAAGCCACCUCCUCAAAGGAGACUUUGUCACCGCAACAGCCUCAGAAGCCUAAGGAAGAGUCAACUUUGCAGCAUGGAGCUCAGCAGGCUCCAGUUUCAGCUGUCACUAUGACAGCCCCUCCAGGACUUUCCAAGGCAGCGCCCAAACCUAAGGCCAAGAGCUCACUUUCCCCGAGCUCGUUCUUGAUGUCGGCACUCGUGCUUGGCAACUUUGGUGUUGGUCAGUCGUUUGGUUUUGAAGGCAUGUUGACUGGUGAUGUUGACUUUUCGUAUGGCGAGAAGCGUGCGACCUUUUCGUCGGUUGGCAUGGCGCCGUUGGAAACCUUUUCGCUGAACCGAAACGACUCGGUGCCUCAGAAACUUUUCAGUGUGUACGAUCUUGGAGUGUCGAACCUGAACACAACAUUCCGGGAUCAUGCUUUGGAGGAACAUUUGGUUGCAGCCACCUUUGACGAGAAUGAGCCCUGGAUACUUUUUGAUUCAGGAGCAGCGACCCAUUGCUGUCCUCAGGACUUUGCUUCGGAGUGGCCAGUCGAGCUCGAGUCCUUAGCUGAUGAGCGUGUCACUUACCUUACGUACGAAGAUGGCAGAAAAGAAACUUUGCACGAUAACUGGCGAACGUCUAAGGACCAUUCCGCAGAGGACACUUUCCGUCUGCGUUUGGCGCAGGCCGCUUCGGGCACUUUGCCUGACUUCCAGAAGGCCCUGGUGGAACAGCUUUCGGAGAAGGACCCUGCAACUGGAGAAGCCUUCACGCACGACCGUUGGCUGAACUUUCAGUUGUUUUGGGUUCGUGUUCACUACGUGUCUCGGAACACCUUGUAUGUGCCAGAAGACCCGCACUUUGAAGAAGAGUUGGGCAAUGCGCGCAUGACUUUGAUCAUGCGUCCUGAUGCAGAGCCAACGUGGCACUUUGACUUGUGGCGCAAAUACGGCACGCAGGAAGUGACGCAAGACUUUGUUGGCGCUACUUGUUUUGAGAAGUUGCCACUUGAAGCCUUUGAAGCAGAGCCAGCUCAGCCAGAGUACUUGGCUCAGAGGCCGAAGGGCUUGAAGCAGCCCGGCGAGCCAACUUUAACAGAAAGGCUGGAGCAUGAGCUCACUCACUUGCCGUUCAAGCCGUGGUGUGAAAUUUGUUUGAAAGCUAAGAGCAGGCAGGCUCACAGUAAGAAACUUUCGUUGAGACAGCCCGUCCUGCAGAUGGACUUUAGCUUUCUUUCAGAUAAGCCUGGUGAGGAACAGGUCACCAUACUUAACGUUGUCGAUGUUCUCUCGAACAUGGCACUUUCAGUGGUGAUUCCCACAAAGGCUCGCACACCGUACUCCCAUGCAGAGUUGAGACGCUUUGUUCUAGAAACCGGACGUACUUUCGGAAUCUUGCAAUGCGACCCAGAGCCAGCGUUGAAAGCCAUCGCGGAAGCUGUAACAGGCGAAGUCGGUGGACUUUCCUUGCGGAGUACCCCGACAGGCUGGAAGCAAGCUCAGGGUUCCGUUGGAAACAUGCAAGCAACUUUGUAUGGACAGAUCAAGGCUUUGCGGCUUGAGCUUUUGCAGCGUUACCAAGUUGAUCUGUCGGUUCACUCAGCGCUUUUCACUUGGCUUGUGCGCCACGCGCAGUGGCUUGUCAACCGUUACCUUUGCAACGCUGCUGGCACUACUGCUUUUGAGAGACGCUGGGGAAAGCGGUACAACGGCUUCAUAUGCCGCUUUGGAGAGACCGUACUUUUCCGAAAACAGCGUGUCAACAAAGGCAAGCCGGCUUUUGAGCGUGGCGUUUGGCUUGGAAAAGACACAGAGUCGGAGCAACACUUUGUCGCUGACUCUCGCGGGGUUUACAAGACGCGUUCCUUGAAACGCCUCCCCCCCACCCAGCAGUCAGACGUGGCACUUUUGCAGUCGGUUACCGCGCGUCCUUGGGACCCGACCGGUGCAAAGGUGGAAACGGACUCCUUCAUCUUUCCGAUGCAGCAGUCCGAGGAGGCGACAAACCUAGCUUUGCCACCGUCUGGGCAACUUUCUGGUCCUCCUGAAAAAGGCAAUGACGUGCCAAACUAUGAACUUUCAGACCCAGAGUUGGAAGAAGCUUUGGGCUUAGAUGGCACAGAGCCUGUUCCGGCUCGUGACGAUCUUUCGGACCUUCCGGAAGAUUACUUUUCUGAUGUAGAGCAAGAACCGCCCUUGCCUCCGCCUGAGUUUGAGCCUCCACGCUUGACUUUGGAUGAGCAAACUGCAAAUGCAGCGCAAGCAAGGUCGAGUACAGACGCAGCUUUGCCUCAGCCCCCUGGUUCGAGGCCGCGACUUUCUGACGAGUCGCCCGCGUCACCGACCAAGCGUAGCACAGAGACUUUUGACGUUGGAACGACUAAGGUGCAGAGGAUCAACGCGGUGACUUUCUACAGCGGUAGGAAGCGCAUACCCAAGCCACUUUAUGUCGAACUUUCGGUUGCGGAUUUGCAGAAAGACCUGUUGUUGAAGAUGACAGGCACUUUGGACGAAGGUCAAUCGGUGACUUUCCUUGGCCGUGAGCUUCAAAGAACGAACGACGCCAUACUUGUUGGCAUGAACCCUGCGUACAUUGAUCGUAUGCUUGAGACGGCGGGACUUUCAGGUUGUAAGCCAGUCCUUGCUCCGGGCACAGACACUUUGCGAAAGCAGUUGAAUGUUGAGCCUCUGGACGCGGAAGCGCACAAGCGCUACCGGCGCAUCGUAGGCCAACUUUUGUGGCUUUCGAGUGUACGCCCAGACAUCAUGUAUGCAGUAAAGGAGCUCAGUCGAGGACUUUCAGCCCCGACCUCAGAGCAUGAAGCCAAGGCCAAGCACCUUUUGAAAUACCUUGCUGGUACGAAGAACUUCUCGCAACACAUGUACUUUGCAGUGCUGUGCAGUGCAGACGUGUACUUUGCAGUCAUGUUCAGUCAUGUCACUUUCGAGCGCAUCCGGCGCACUCGGCUCGCGUACGCGAUGGAUCGCUUUACACCAGCUCAGAGCCGUGACGUGGACUUUAGCACGUAUCGCACGUGGCUGAGUCUGCAGCUGGUUCUUGAAACCUUGUGGAAUGGGCUGCAGAAGGAGCAACUUUAUCUGCCACUUUCAUCGCCGGCGGAAAUGUUUCAGAAGCUUUAUCCUUUGAUCCAGUAUGCGGCCACUUUGGGACUUUAUACACCUCCUGAGUUGGAGGUGCUGCAGAGGACUUUUGUGGGGUUCUGGACACCGGAACGCCCCACUUUUCGGCAGGAUUGGGUUCCUUUUCAGCUGUGGCUUACUCUACCUACAGGACUUUGGUUGACGGUUGCAUCUGCAGCUCAGAGGUCAGGAAACUUUGUCUUGCCAUCUGCAGCAAUGGUGGGAACUAUGGUGGAUUGCCUGAACCUCACUUUGUCUCCGAGAUCGUCACUUUUAUUUUGGUCAUUUGGACUGUCUAUCUCCUUGCAACAGGGACUUGAUCGUGUGACUUUUAUGCCAGGAGAGCAGUUGAUCACGAUUGGAGUCCGACUUUUGCUACAAGACUUUACUCGGUUAAUCACCAUCAAUGGAAAUCGUCUAUGGAAUAGGCGAUAUGUGGAUUACUUUCUCAAAGUUCAGAGCCUGAACUUUAUGUGGGAGCCUACUUGCCGAACGAUUGUCACUUUGUUGCACCGCAUUCACCCGUACGAGCUUUGUGACAAUCUCAACACCUACUUUGACAGGCCUGACUGCAGGCACUCGCGCCUUAUGCACCUCCCACUUUUAUCUCGGCUGUACCAAGAGCUCUCAAACUUUCCAGACGAGGGCGUUGCGCCGAUGCACUUGGAUAUCCCCACUUUGCGUCGUGGCUCCAGGAUGUGA